AUGGGAUGGAAUAUCAAUGAAUUUAAACUCACAUCAGAAAAUAUUACAUCUUUUACAUCUUCUAGAAUAAUGCAAGAGACUAGAGACACCCAUUUAGAAAGAAACAUAAUUGUAACUGAAGAAGAUUUAUUACUAUAUAAAAAACUAAAUAAAGAACAAGAACAAGCGUACAUCACCAUACUUAAUAGAAUAUUCUCAAAUGAACCAGGAGCAUUCUUUAUUGAUGGGCCUGGAGGAACGGGAAAAACAUUCUUAUACCGCGCUUUAUUAGCUACUGUACGAUCAAAGGAAUUUAUAGCUUUAGCCACAACAACUUCUGGUGUUGCAGCUUCAGUGCUCCCUGGAGGACGAACUGCUCACUCACGUUUUAAACUUCCUAUUGAUGUAGGUGAAAAUUAUUGUUGCAAUAUAAGUAAACAGAGUUCACUUGCAUUUUUAAUUCAAGAUGCAAAACUGAUAGUAUGGGAUGAAGUAUCAAUGGCUAGGAAAAAACUUGUUGAGACUUUUGAUUCACUCUUGAGAGAUCUUAUGGGUAUAAAUACACUAUUUGGUGGAAAAGUCGUAGUUUUUGGAGGCGAUUUUAGACAGACUUUACCUGUUGUGAAAAACGGAGCAAAAAAGGAUUUCAUACGUGAAUGUUUAUUGUAUUCAAAUAUCUGGGAUCAUCUUCAAAAAUUCCGUUUGACACAAAAUAUGCGUGCACGCAAAGAUCCUACAUUUUGUGAGUAUUUACUAAGAAUUGGAGAUAGAAGAGAAGAAGUUAAUGAACAUGAUAAAAUCGAGGUUCCAAAAUCAUUUCUUAUUUCUUUUACGAAUGAGAAAGAUUCAUUAAAUAUUUUAUUCAAAACUGUUUAUCCCAAUCUAGAGAUGCUCAUGUCUGAUACAUCCUCUGUAACAUCACGUGUUAUCUUAACGACCAAAAAUGAUUUCGUAAACGAAAUUAAUCAGAUGUUCAUAGAUGAAUUUCCCACAACUGUUGUGACAUUCAUUGGAAUUGAUGAAACUAUAGAGCCAAAAGAUCAAAACCAAUUUGAAGAUUUCCUCCAUACUUUGAAUCCUACUGGUUUGCCUCCUUAUAAGUUAGUUCUAAAGCAAAAUUGUCCAGUUAUACUACUACGCAAUUUAAAUCCUUCUGAAGGUUUAUGCAAUGGUACACGCUUAAUUUUGUUCUGA